CAAACGAGCUACAUUUUGGCGUGGAAUGAUAGCGCACUGCUACAUUUGACAGCAUGGCUGUGAAGGCGAUUUUGUUUGAUUUGGACAACACGCUCAUUGAAACGAGUCAGGCAAAUGGAGUGGCGAUACAAAAGACCAGUGAAUUAUUGAAGACCACGUUGGGCCUUGAUGAUAACACCGUCGGCACCAUUUGUGACAAAUUCAAGCAGAAACUCUUCCAUGAGAGCUUUGACCAAUCAGCUGGCAGAUCCAUAGAUGAUGUCCGUAUGUGCCACUGGGAGGAAAGCAUCAAGGAGACUCUAGGGAGCUGCUCCAUGCCUUCUCUGGCAGCCCACUGUUAUUACAUGUGGAAAAAAAGUCGCCUGGAGCUUCUCACUCUGUCCCCUGAAGUAUGCAACCUCCUGAAACAGCUGCGCAGCAGAUACAAGCUGCUGCUGCUGACCAACGGGGUAGCCCAGACCCAGAGAGAGAAAGUGGAGACGGCCGGAUGCGAGGAGUUCUUCGAUGCCAUCGUGAUUGGAGGAGAACAUCCGGAGCAGAAACCGUUCCUCUCUAUCUUCAAGUUGUGUUUCAGCAUGCUGGAGGUGGAGGCCCAGGACUGUGUGAUGGUGGGAGACUCUCUGGACACAGAUAUUCAGGGGGGCUUGAACGCCGGCAUUCGGGCCACAGUUUGGAUUACCGGUGCAGGAGGUGUUGUGUCAGAUAGCACGGUGAAACCAGACUACACUAUCACAACGGUGCUGGACCUGCCAGAUGUUCUGGCACAGCUGCAAUAAGGAUAACCACUGAAGAAUGAAUAAGUUUUACUUGGAUGUUGUGGGAAUUUUUAACUAUUGAUAUAUUUAACUAUGACUACUAUUGCAAUUAAUUUUCCAGUUUUCAACAGUGUGCUUUUUGAUUGAUGGUUUCUGGUUGGGAUUUUAUACAUUGUGAUUUUGAACAUGCAGUAUGUAAGAAAAUAUGUGCAAACACAUCAUUGUUAUACACACAAAGUGGUGGAAAGUAAUUACAUUUAGUGAAGUACUCAAGUACAAUACAAAAUUAUUUAACAGAAACAAGGUGUUCCAAAGUAAUGCAUUACUGUAAUCACAUUACAUUUUUCAGGAGCACAUUACUGCACUAAAUUAAGUAAUUACAGUAGUUAUAACUAUGUUAUUACC